AGAGCUGCGCGAGUGUCUCGUAGUCGCGGAGCCGUCAGUGUGCGCGCCGCGGAGAGCCAGACAGACAGACAUCUUGUAGUAGAAUUUAGCGGCGUGGUGUUUUCGACCGUGGGUGUCGGUGUCACGGUUUCGUGUCGCGGUGCUCGUCAUUACGGUGUCGUCGCCGUCGUCUUCGCCGCCGCCGUAGCCGUCGUUGUCGUUGUCGUGGUCGUGAUUGUUCGCCCUGUGCUCACGCCGCGAUCGUUGUCGUUGUCCUCCACCUUGUCGGUAUUGAAAGUCGUCACUUUACGGCUAUCGUAUACCGGAGAUUCGUUUGUGCUGGUCGUGUGGUGGUACCGCGGUUGCGAGUCCCCGUCGUGCGGGCUGUGCAGCUCGCGUGGUCCAGCGAUCCAGUUACUCGCCCCGCAAAAGGCGUUGGUGGUACCUUUUGUCGGGCAGAGGGAGAGCGAGAGAGAGAGAGAGAAAGGGAAAGAGAGAGAGAGCGCGAGGGAGAAACAAGAGGAGAAGAGGAAUACUGGUCGGUCGGUGUAGUAAAUACACGGGGAGCGAGAGGGACACGGUAGAAUAAUUUCUCACUCUGCAAACGCCCAAUGAACAACGCUUCGGAGCCACCGAUGUGCCGCAUCGUGCGAUAACUUCCGUCACCUCUCCGACCCCCGUCUCCUCCCUCCCCCACUCCGUGCGUGUGUAUGUGUGUGUGCCGCGCCGGGCUCUCGAGGUGAAAAUACCGCCCUCUCCUUCCACCCAACCCCCCGUACGAGAGGAAGGUGUUACCUCGCGCGAGUAACUACGGCUAGAGAAAGAAGAGAAAAAAAAACAGUGACAGAGUGACACGGCAAAAGAGUGGGAGAGAGACGAUCCUGCGACCCGCGAAGAGAAAGUGAGAAGAGAAAUAGUCAAGAUCGUGCAGAAAAAGAGAGCGAGAGGCCGGCGCCCACCCGUCAACUAUCCUGAUACAGCAUGACCUCGAACAACUCGCAGAAGCUCUCCACGACGGAACGGGUGAUCAAAAAUGUACUCUUUCCGCCGUCGCACAAACUGACAGUGGCAGAGGUGUUCGAUUCGCAGACGAAUCGACCGCGACCGGAAGUGCUGAAGCAACACUUUAUCCUCGAGGGUAGGAUCGACGAGGCGGCAGCCCUUCGUAUAGUGAACGAUGGAGCGGCCCUAUUGCGUUCGGAGAAGACUAUGAUUGACAUCGAGGCUCCAGUCACCGUGUGCGGCGAUAUUCACGGCCAGUUCUAUGACCUGAUGAAGUUAUUCGAGGUGGGUGGUCCACCCUCCUCCACAAAGUAUCUCUUUCUCGGCGAUUAUGUGGACAGGGGUUAUUUCAGUAUCGAGUGCGUGUUGUACCUGUGGGCACUUAAAUUGUGCCAUCCAAACACACUGUUCCUCCUCAGAGGGAACCACGAGUGCCGUCAUCUCACGGAAUAUUUCACAUUUAAGCAAGAAUGUAAAAUAAAAUACUCGGAGAGGGUGUACGACGCAUGUAUGGACGCGUUCGACUGUCUGCCGCUCGCGGCCCUCAUGAACCAACAGUUCCUCUGCGUGCACGGUGGAUUGUCGCCGGAAAUUCACAAUCUAGAAGACAUACGCAAAUUGGAUAGGUUCAAAGAGCCGCCGGCGUUCGGGCCGAUGUGCGACCUCCUCUGGUCGGAUCCCCUCGAGGACUUCGGGAACGAGAAGAACGCGGAACACUUCUCGCACAACAGCGUCAGGGGAUGUUCGUACUUUUACAGUUACGCGGCUUGCUGCGAUUUCCUGCAGAACAACAACCUCCUGAGCAUCAUAAGGGCACACGAGGCACAGGACGCGGGUUAUCGUAUGUACCGGAAAUCUCAGACGACGGGCUUCCCAUCGUUAAUUACAAUUUUCAGCGCGCCCAACUACCUCGACGUUUACAACAACAAGGCAGCAGUGUUGAAGUAUGAGAAUAACGUAAUGAACAUCAGGCAGUUCAAUUGUUCACCACAUCCAUACUGGUUGCCCAAUUUCAUGGAUGUUUUCACGUGGUCCUUGCCAUUUGUAGGCGAAAAGGUAACGGAAAUGCUAGUUAACGUGCUAAACAUCUGCUCGGACGACGAGCUGAUGAGCGACGGCGACGACGGGCUCGAAGAAGUCGCAGCCAAAGUCGUUGUCCAAAAAAAGAACGCCUCGCAACCCCUGACAUCCUCAAAUAUAAUUCGCGAAUGCUUAGGGAAGCGGAAACAAGACGACACAGGAACGAUAUUUUCACGUGCAGCAGCCAAUCUACGCAAGGAGGUAAUCAGAAACAAGAUCAGAGCCAUUGGAAAGAUGGCGCGUGUCUUCUCUGUCUUAAGGGAGGAGAGCGAAAGUGUGCUGCAGCUGAAGGGGCUGACUCCUACUGGAGCUUUACCACUUGGCGCGUUAUCUGGUGGCAAAACGUCCCUAAAAAACGCUCUCCAAGGAUUCUCGCCGAACCACAAAAUCACCUCGUUCGCCGAAGCAAAAGGUCUGGACGCUAUAAACGAAAGGAUGCCGCCAAGAAAGGACGCUCCACCGACGCCGGUAAACGAGGAGAAGCCCGUGAUAAAGCCGUCAACUCCUGCGGGAGACAAGCGAGACCACAACACACCGCAACCGCAAUCGUGAGCCUCACACUCGUCCAAUCAAGAAAGUUUGUUUUAGCUGGAAGAUUAAAAGAAUGGAGAGGAAGGCGGAGGCUGAUGCGAGAUGAAAAAGCUGCUGACGCGUUGGAAACACAAAUUAGUGUAUCGUCGUGCACGACCGAUCUCUCCACUCCCUGUCGCUGCUACUAUAAACUCGUCGAGUGUCCGACAAACUUCCUAACAUUCAUCAAACUUUGAACGAUAUUGUCUUCGUGGUAACUGUUCGCCGCUCAAUAGAAUUACAGGCAGAGUAGUUGCGGCCGUUUAUUGUCAGACCUCGGCCUACUGAAAGCGGCCAGAAACGCUUGACGGCCAUUAACAGCUUGAUAAUUCGUGAAACUCGAUCGUUGCAAUGAAAGGAUUACAUAAAUGGUGUUAUUAAAAAAAUUAAUAUCAAUCAUCAA